AUGAGCUAAGAAGAGUUAAAAAGUGAAAUUGAAAUAAUAUAAACGCUAUUAAAUAAAUUAUUAAAUGAAGAGUGUGCCGAGCCAAGAGAUUUUGAAACAGAUUUUGGAUAAUUGAGUGAUCAAUCUAUUAAUUUUAUGGAUAUGAUUUAGGGAUACUUUGAUUAUGAAAAAGACUAUUAGUUUUUAUAAGAAAUAAUAGAAAUUUUUAUUUAAGAGUUCAACAAAUAUAUUUCAACAUCACAAAAUGAUUAAAUAGAAUGCAUUAAUUUCAUUUUAGACAUUAUUUAUUAAUGUCUGGUCUUAGUUAGUGAGCAAUUAAAUAGUAAUCUAGCAGAAUAGAUCAUAAAAAUGAUAGCAAGUUAUUUUUAAUAAUAUUCUGAAGUAAAUGAAAUAGGAUUAGACAUACUUUGUGAUGUAUCAGUAAGUCUAAAGGAGAAUAUAUUACCUUAUUUACAUUAAUUAUGGCCUUAUGCAAUCUAAGGAUGGAAUAGCUAAUCAAUUUUAACAAAAUUAUCGGCUUUAAAAUUUAUUUAAGACCUCUCUACUUCUUGUAAAAAUUCUUUUAGUCCUUCUACAGAGAUUUUAGAAUAACUAUUAGAUUAUUUUGAUAAUAAAGAAAACGAAUUAUAGGUGAGAUCCUAAAUUAUCAUACUCUUUGGAGAUUUAUUCUUAAACUCUAAUAACUUAGUUCUUCCUUAUUUAGAUAGAACAUUAAGUUCCCUAUAAGAUGGCUUAUAAGAAGCCAGUGAAUAUGCUCUAUAACCUUCUGAGAUUGAUGAAAUUCAAUUAGAUGUCAUUGAGUAGUAUAACUAAAAUCUUAUUGAGUCAUUUUAGUGUAUUAAUUUAUCUUUGGAAAAGAACACAAAAGUAUUUGAUGUAAUUGAAACACUUAGCAACUUUCUUAAAGCUACUUGCUGUGAGGAGAAGAAUCCUAGUUAAGACUUUUUAAUAACAUGCUUAGGAUUAAUAGCAGAUUUGAUCAAAUUCUACAAAGAGGAAGUUAAAUUUUUAGUAAAUUAGGAGUACACUCAAUAUAUAGUUAAAUGUGUCUAGGAAAAUGAUAGCUCAAAUUAUAUUUUAAAAUACUUCAUAGAUAACACUUAAAAGAUAAAAUGA